GCAACCUGCGUCGACUACGUUGGCGGCCUGUUGACGGCGGGAUGCGGGACAGCCGCAUCGGCAACGGAUUUGAAAUGCGGCCGAGGGUCAUCACCAAACAAAGGCUGCGAGGGCAAUGAUGCACUUACCGAGUAGUUUUCAAGAAGCUGGAAGUUGCGCGAACGUCGAGAGGAUGACUGGGAACGAGGCGGCCGUAAAAAGUUGACAAGACGUCGAAUGCGUUUGCCAGACUCUUUUUUUUGUGUGUGGUGUUGGCAGGGAUUUGGCGGGGUCGAGAGGCGAGUGGGCGUAAGAGUGCGAAGGUGCAGUGAGAAACGCGACAAGGUCCGGUCUCGAAGGGCAAGGAAGUGCGCAAGAGGAGUCGGAAGAUGGGGGUUGGGAGAGAAAUUCGUCGGGGGGCGAGAGUGCGAGGAAAAGGGUAGAAGGCGGGAAGAGAUGGGGAGAUGUGAGAGAGGAAGAGAGCGAGAGAAGACGGGGAUUGAGAUUGGAGGCAAGGUGAGAGAGAGAGCUCUGGAGGGGGAGCCGAGAAGAAAGUCAGGUGGGGAGCAGAGGUGAAGAGGGAGAAAGCGCCGGACACAUGGGAAAACAAGCACACAGCAAGCACAAACACAAGCACGGCGA